AUGGCACGCCAUGGAAUCUCAAUCAUCGGUUCACUACUCUUCGUCCUUCUCUUCCUGUCUCCCCUGAUCCUUGCGGAUCAGCAGGAUUUCUUGGAUUUGGUCAAAGAUGUAGACGAUGAAUCUCUCCAUGCUGCGUUGCACGAAUACGAUGGGAAAUACAAGCACGUCCAACUGGCCAAACGGCAAUCAACGAACAAUUCCACCACCGCGACCACCGCUUUGACAACUUCAACUACCUCUGUGCCUACCACUACCACCACUACUAGUACCACGCCAACUACAACCUCUACCUCUACCACCCCUACCUCUACCACCCCAACUUCAACUACGACACCACCUACAACCACCACUACGAGCACUACUACUACCCCGGAAACAACGAGCACCACCUCAACGACACCAACCACUUCAAGUGAAACAACCACUACCUCCGAGACCCCGACCUCGACCUCAACAACUUCGACAACAACCGCCGAAAGAACCACGGAGUCCACUACGACUACAACACAGCCUCCCCAGACAACCACUGCCUCAAGAGGUACCACAUUAUAUACCUCGAGACUCACCAGGACUGUUAUAGGCACAAACGGCCAGCCAUCAACUAUGACUGAGACUACGGUUGUUGUUGCGGCUGUUACUGGUACUUCCGCAGCUGGGUCAAGCGACGCAAGCGCAUCGCCCACCCAAACAUCAGAAAUGAGAGACAACGGUGCAAAUGGAUUGAGGGUUGGUGCCAUGGAGGUUGCAGCUGCUGGUGGAAUGGCCGCAUUGAUAUUCGCAAUGCUAUAA